GUGCCAUCGGUCACUUGCAUGGGCUGCCUGUUCCGAUUAUACACAGAGACUUGAAGCCAGCUAACAUCAUGUUGCAUUAUACGGGCGACAGACCAGUCAUUAAAGUGACUGACUUUGGCUUAGCCAAAGUUGCCGAAGACAAGGCAGACUUGGCCAAAACCUACAUGAUGUCGACCSUUGGAGGAACACCAGCAUUCAUGGCCCCAGAAUUCUUUCUGAGGGAGAAAUACACWUCCUCUGUAGAUGUGUUUGCCCUUGGUUUGGUGUACUUAGGUAUGCUUAACUAUGAUGAGUUUGGCGACAUUUUACCUUUAUUUGGGUCUGACUUUCUGUUGAUGCCAUUAGGAAUGGUGAUAGCGCAGGCGCUGAAAACAGGAUCUUCUCCACCAAAACUUGUUGAGAUAAAACCGAGCGAGAGUAAAGACACGAAAGAAGUAAAAGAAGUUAUCGGGAAAAUGGUGAUGGCUAAGAAAGAAGAUCGUAUGAAAAUUCAAGAAGUUAGCACCACAUUUAAAAAUAUUUUCGAUAAACUUAAGGACCGCCUCCCUGCCCCACCCCCUCCCCCUUCUCAUACCGAGAUCACAGGAGCAGAAGCUGCAGGAGAAGAUAUACCUAAUAAUGAACUUAGUGACGACUCGGAAGAGGGGGACAUUGGCUACCACCUUUUGAGGCAGGCUGCUGGUCAAUUAUUAGAGGAAAAGGGAAGGCCAGGAGAAGAAGACAAUGCUCAAAAAGACUUGUUGGGAGCUGGGAGGAUGCCACUCUUGGAAAUGCUGUUACUACAGGCACUAGGAGAAGGAGACGACGACGAAACCUUACCUGGAGGACUCAAGAAAGGAGAUAAAGUUCGCGUUGUUGAGGGUGAUGUUGAGAGGGCAAAAAAGCUUCAAGAAAAUUAUGGUGGUUGGAGCGAAGCAAUGGAACAGUAUCUUGGUAAAGAAGGUGAAGUUCAAGGGAAGGUUCUUCAUGUCAUCAAAGUCAAGUUCCCGGAUGGAGUUUCGUGGUCCUAUAACCCUUCCUUACUCGAGAAAGUAAACUCUGACGGCUCUAGCACUCCUAUUGUAAAUUCAAGGAAGUCAAGACGGGAAGAGGUCGUUCGAGGGCUGUUCCAUAGAUUUGAUGUGGUCCAAAUACCGAAGGAACAGAGUGUGAUGGAAUUAUUGCAAGAUGGACACGGUGGAUGGAAGGAUAGAAUGAAACUCUGCCUAGGGAUCAAGGGAUUGGUGAACAGAGUGGACAAAGAUGGAGACGUGUUUGUGGAGUGUAUUAACGGUGAUAAUUGGACUUUUAACCCCGAAUUGCUGAUCAAGGUGGAGCCCGAUCCCAGUGCCAAGAAAGAAGCUGGGGAUUUUGUGUUAGUAAUGGACGAUGUGAAGACUGUGAAACAGCUUCAAGUCAAUCAUGGUGGAUGGGUGAAAGGCAUGGAAAAGUGCUGUGGCCAUACUGGGAUCAUCAAGGCUGUUCUACCGAAUGCUCGUUUGAGGAUUGAAGUGGCUCAUGACACAUGGAUCUUUAAUGAAAAUGCUAUUACACUAGUAGCCAAGGGAGAGGAACUGCUGGAAGCCAUUUUGAGAAGAAAAUUAAAACUUUGAACAUGUUAAAAAAUUUUUAACGUCUUCAGAACUGAAGAGGUGAUGAGCUAGGUUAUAGAUUAAUCAUGCUCAUGAACAAUACUGACACACUAUUGCAUUUCUUCGUCCGUGGAGGAUUUCUCAGCUGGUUUCGAGUCAAGAGAAUAUUCUGUUGUUCGAGUAUAAUUGGUUAUCUAGAAAUCUGAGGCCAGACUGAGCAAGAGAACAUUUGACCUUUGAGUAAGAAAUGUGAUUUUUCGUAUUUUAGCCAGAAAUCAUAAAAAAAUCUGAGCCACGAAUGGUUUAGAGCAUUCAGAACCUUGUUACUAGUUCCAGUGGGUGUAAAAGACUAAUACGGAAUCCGUUCUAAUGAGACGAAAAUAAAUUGAUGAAAUAUUCUU